GGAGCAGAGCGCCUGGCGGCGGUGUCCGACCGGGAGCGCGGAGAGCGGCCGGGCAGGUGGGGCGCCUCCCGAAGGGCUGAGCAGGGAGCUGGGGCUGCAGGCGCCGACGCCGCGCUCCCGGCGCCCGCCCCAAACCCCGCGGCGCGCGUCUGGCCGAGCGGGCGGCGGAUGCACCGGGACCACCCGGCGAUGCUGCCGCUGCCGCCGCCGCCUCUGUAGGAAGCGCCCGAGCCCGCUGCGGAGGGAGGCUGAACACAGCUCACGCUCAAUUGUGCUUUCUGCUUCUCAGCCUCUUGCCUCCCAAACGCGUACCAUUUUCACUUGAUGUCAUCACGCAGAAGGGGGUGAAAGGGACUCGGUGACAGAUUCAGGAAGAAGGUGUUGCUGAGGGCCGGAGGCUUCUGGUACUGUCUUGCACUGCAGCGGCAGCAUCACCGAAUCCGUGGUGGAGGCUCCCUGCCCCCAGGUGUCUGCAGGAGUGUGUUUAGCUUUAGGUUGGACGAGCCCUAGAGGUUAUUAGACAACCUUUGCCUCCUAUGCCUGAGUCCUUUCUACAAUGCUCGUUUGAUUCAUUCAAUAGCAGAUGUUUAUCAAGCACCUUAUAGAAAUGAACACACCUGAGUAUGCUCGCUGCCUCUGAGCUCCCCCACCACCUCACGACUUUGGAAAGACUCGAAGAAGGAAGGUGCCAGAGUGGUGGACUCAGAACAAUCUCCUUCCCCUUGGCCUUGACCUUUCUGCUCAUGGUCCACGAUGGAGACGCUCUCCCAAGAUUCUUUGCUGGAAUGUCAGAUCUGUUUCAAUUACUACAGCCCCCGGCGGAGGCCCAAGUUGCUGGAUUGCAAACACACCUGCUGCUCGGUGUGCCUCCAGCAGAUGAGGACGAGCCAGAAGGAUGUGAGGUGCCCCUGGUGCCGGGGCAUCACCAAGCUGCCGCCGGGCUUCUCCGUGUCGCAGCUCCCUGAUGACCCCGAGGUCCUUUCUGUCAUUGCCAUCCCACACACCUCCGAGCACACCCCAGUCUUCAUCAAACUUCCCAGCAAUGGGUGCUACAUGCUGCCCCUGCCCAUCUCCAAGGAGCGAGCGCUGCUGCCCGGAGACAUGGGCUGCCGCCUGCUGCCUGGGAGCCAGCAGAAGUCUGUCACCGUGGUGACCAUCCCUGCUGAACAGCAGCCUCUGCAAGGCGGGGCUCCCCAGGAGGCGGUGGAGGAGGAGCAAGACAGGCGGGGUGUGGUGAAAAGCUCCACCUGGUCUGGGGUGUGCACUGUGAUCUUGGUGGCCUGCGUCCUGGUCUUCCUUCUUGGCAUCGUGCUGCACAACAUGUCUUGCAUUUCUAAGCGCUUCACUGUGAUAUCCUGUGGCUGAAGAGGGCUGCGGGGAGUCUCUUGUGGGUGCCAACUAGGGGUUGAGCAGGUGUUGGUGAUGGGAUCGUGGUGAGGAGAUGGGGGGCGACGCUGAUCAUUUGGUGCCGAGCGCUGGCCUCUGGGUUGCCAUCUGAUUACCCGAAGACUGACACGAGGGGCAGAGUGUGAGCUCUCAACAAGAUACCAGCAAGAUCGCUCUGGGUAUUGAUGGCAACAGCUUUGAAGACGAUUGCAUGUAUCCUCAUAAUCAUUUAUUAAAUGGACUGUAAUUUAUGAUUUUUCAAAAUCAUAUGACAAGAUAGACAUAUUCUACUUAGAUGUUAAAUUGUGCCAGUGCGUACAAUGUGAUCUUCUCUAAAUGUGGUAGAUUAAAACAAAGAUGCUAUGUAUACAAGUAGAAUUAAACCUGAGAAUCUGUGUAAAAUUUCAGCGAUGACAUGCAGUGCUGGUUUCUUUCCUUUUUUAAAAUGAAACCCAGUCUUCAUUUAGUUGCUAAGGCUUUUUUUUUUUACUUUUUGAAUGACACCCAAAUUAAAGUAAGUUAAGCGGACAGUUGUUUUUUGAAGAAAAUAUUUGAACAAGUGUUUCCAGUGUGUUGUGUUUUGUCAUGUACCUUCAUUUUUCUUCCCUUGUAAUUAGAGCUUGCUAUGUGUUUAUUAAACUGAAAGCCCAACAGGGGAGCAAUAAACUGAGUAAUAAUGAGAAAUGCCUAACCCCA